GCGCAGGCGCAGAGCGGGCGGCGGCGGCUCCGGGAGCAGCGCCGGGGAUUGCGCCGGGAGCUGCAGCCAUGCCGGGGCUGCUGCUGGGGGAUGAGGCGCCCAACUUCGAGGCGGACACCACGCAGGGUCGCAUCCGCUUCCACGACUUCCUGGGAGACUCGUGGGGCAUCCUGUUCUCCCACCCGCGGGACUUCACCCCCGUGUGCACCACGGAGCUGGGCCGGGCGGCCAGGCUGGCACCCGAGUUCAGCAAGCGCAACGUCAAGAUGAUCGCGCUCUCCAUCGACAGCGUGCAGGACCACCUCUCCUGGUGCAAGGACGUCAAUGCCUACAACGGGGAGCAGCCUGCAGAGACGCUGCCCUUCCCCAUCAUUGCUGACAAGAACCGGGAGCUGGCUGUCCAGCUGGGCAUGCUGGACCCGGACGAGCAGGACAAGGACGGCAUGCCCCUGACCGCUCGUGUGGUGUUCGUUUUUGGCCCGGAUAAGAAGCUGAAGCUCUCUAUCCUGUACCCAGCCACCACUGGGAGAAACUUUGAUGAGAUCCUGAGAGUGGUGGACUCCCUGCAGCUCACAGCAUACAAGAAGGUUGCUACCCCUGUGGACUGGAAGCCCGGUGACAGCGUCAUGGUCGUGCCCACCUUACCUGACGAGGAGGCCAAGAAGCUCUUCCCCAAAGGGGUCUUCACCAAGGAGCUGCCAUCAGGCAAGAAGUACCUGCGCUACACCCCGCAGCCAGAGUGAGGGCUCUGCCUGUCUGUCUGUCUGUCCUGCUGGGGUGCCGGAGCCUUCCUGAGCCCAGCUCCUGCCCCUCUGACACCGCACGACCCACGGCCUCGUCCUGUCACACUGCUGCUGCACAGGCAGCCCUGAGCCAGCCCUCCUGUCCCUGGGUGUUCUCCUGCCUCGGACCAGCCCUGAGCCAGCCCUGAGCCAGCCCUCCUGUCCCUGGGUGUUCUCCUGCCUCAGACCAGCCCUGAGCCAGCCCUCCUGUCCCUGGGUGUUCUCCUGCCUCGGACCAGCCCUGAGCCAGCCCUCCUGUCCCUGGGUGUUCUCCUGCCUCAGACCAGCCCUGAGCCAGCCCUCCUGUCCCUGGGUGUUCUCCUGCCUCAGACCAGCCCUGAGCCAGCCCUCCUGUCCCUGGGUGUUCUCCUGCCUCAGACCAGCCCUGAGCCAGCCCUCCUGUCCCUGGGUGUUCUCCUGCCUUGGACCAGCCCUCCUGUCCCUCCAUUCCCAUCCCCCAGAACCAACCCCUGGGUGUUUCCCUGCUCAGACCAGCCCUGCCAGGAGCACACAAGCAGCCCAGUGGGGACUGCAGGGCUCCUGCUGUGGUGUCCCUCCCGUUUGGUGCCAGCCUCGAGGCGUGGUGAGGAGGGGUGUCCUGCUGGGACAAGGAGCUCUGGGGGCUCCAAGCUGCUGUGUGCCUUUCAGAGCAGCCAUCUAACCUGUGGUCCACGAGUAGGGAGGAGCUACAGAGCUAAAUCUCUCACCUCUUAACUGCUUUCUCGUCUCUUGCUGGAAGGUGAUGGUUUCCAGGUUUUGUGGAAGAGGGAAUCAAGCAAAUAAACUGGCCUUCAGUACUA